AUGGAUGUUCUGGCGCUAUUAGCCUCAAUGACAUGGUCUCCUACUGGAGGCUAUCCCAUCUCCACUCCCACAUCGUUCCGGUCUAUUAGUCCUACUCAUAUUCCUAACCUUAGUGCUCUGUUGUCCAAAGCAGUGGCCAGCAUCGCCACUGCCAAAGACCAGGCUGCCUUAGCGGACUUGUCGCAAGUGAUACGCGAAUGUGAGGCGUCUUUGACCAUGAUCUCUGGCCAACAGGUAUUGGCUACUGCUACUGAUGACAAAGUCAGGGCCUCAGCUUCGGUAGAUGUGUUCCACGCAUCAUAUAACUUGAAAAUGGUCGCACAAGAUGAGAACUUAUACGGCUACUACUUGAAUAGAGGGGGAAACAUCUUCUUCUUGAUUGUUGUUGUCGGAAUCCUUUUGUUCAAUGUGGCAAUGCUCCGUUACUCGCGCUAUCACUGGUAUAACGUGACGUUUAUCUGUGGUUUCAUUCUACAAGUUUUGGGAUUCUUGGGAAGAGUUUUGGCCUUCAUUGACAAUGCCAACCUAAACGUCUACUUGAUGCAGUUUGUGAGUUUGUCUAUAUCUCCUGCUUUUCUCAUGGCGGGAAUAUACUUUUUAUUUGCUCAGAAUGUCAUUGUACAUGGCAGACAAUAUUCAGUGUUGAAGCCGAUGUGGUAUUCAUACUUUUUCGUAUUCUGUGACGUCGUUUCAUUGAUUAUCCAAGGUAUUGGUGGUGGAAUGGCCUCAGUGGCCGCACAACAACACAAAGACAACCGGCCAGGUACUUGGAUCAUGUUUGGAGGUGUCUUAUUCCAAGUGGUGGCAAUGACUGUGUUCACUGUGUUUUGGUUUGAGUUCAUCACUCGCAUAUACUUCAAGGAUCGAAAGGAGGUUAACUCUAAUUCCCAGUAUAAGAGAAAGACUAUGAAGAACUGGUUUUUGUUUUUGUUCAAUGCGAAGAGGAUUCGCUUUUACAGAGAUACUGAACUAGACAGAUUUUACAAUCCCAAGUAUGCCAGUAUUAGAGCUCGUCGUCUCAUACAUUACUACCCCGCUGCAAUUAGUUUGGCUGUGCUUCUUAUCUACAUUCGUUGUAUCUACAGAGUAGUGGAGUUGGAAGAAGGCUUCACUGGUUAUCUUAUUUCACACGAGGUAUAUCUUAUGACUCUCGACGCCUCGAUGAUUACCAUAUCUGGCCUUAUUUUUAUUCCUUUCCAUCCAGUCUUCGUUUUCGGUAAAGAAAACGUACUCAAGUUGGCAACUAUCAAAAGGAAUGUAGACGAAGAGUCAGGUAACGAUAGAGAAGUGGACGAGAAGUGCAGCACGGGCUACAUUGAUGAAGUUGCUAGCUCGAACCGACUGAAUCGAGGCUCACUUUCCUCCAAUGAGGUCAAAUAG